AUAUAUAUUGAAGAUAUUGCAUACAACUACUCAAAACAACAACACAUACAUACGUUGUCUAUAAAUUUGAUUCUUCCCAUGAAGCAAGAUAUUAUACUAAAAACAAGGAAACCUGUCUAAGUAUGAACAACAUGAUGAAGCCAAUAGUGAGCAAGGUCUAUUGUUCACCGUCCGAGGUGGUUCUCACGGUUAGGAGGCGGCCGAACGUGGUGACCGGUGGUGGUUUCGUGGUGGCUGAUUGCAGCCAAAGGGUGGUUUUUUGGGUUGAUGGCUGUGGAAUUCUUGGCAAGAAAGAAGAGCUCAUUCUCAGGGACGGUGUGGGAAACGCUUUGCUCCUCAUCAGGCGAAAGGGAGAAAUAGUUGAGGCAUUAAGCCUAACAAGGCAAUGGAAAGGCUACAGUUAUGACUACUUAGGAUCUCAUCACCAUGUUUUCACCUUAAAAGAGCCGAAUUCAUGUUUUUCAAGCAACACUCCCAUCAGAAUCUCCCUUAACUCCAGCAGCUACGGCAACUUUAAGAUCAACGGUGACUUCCCGAAUCGGUCUUGCAGCAUUGUCGACUCCACCGGACACUUAAUAGCACAGGUUGGUGUGAAGGAGGAGGUGGAGCAAGUGAUGACAGGCAGGGAUUUUUACCAUGUAAAGAUAAUGGAGGGAGCAGAUCAAGCCUUUGUGUUGGGAGUAAUUGCUGUUCUUGACUACAUAUAUGAUGGAUCCACAAGAUGUUGAUGAUGUAAUAAAAUCUCUGCACAAUUAGGGCAAUAUCACUAUAUAUAUGGAUAUGUAAAUAAAUUCAUUUAUUCCACUUGUUGCAAGAAUUAAUGCAGGCCAUCAAUUACUAGUAGUGCAGAAGCCAUUAUUCUUUAAUUCUUUGUUUCUUUUGGAAUAUUAAUUGAUGUAAUAACCCUUUUAAUAAUGUGUUUGAUCAA